AAUAACAACCAUAACAAUCGCAACAAAUUAACAUCACAAAAUGUGAGUGAAGAGAAGAGGUAAACAUUCAAACGGGAAAAUUGCCGGUAAAGUGUGGAAACCAACAAAUGGAAAUUGCAAAUUAUUUGUGAGCGAGAAAAAACGAAAGAAAAGUGCGGGCAAACAAGAUGUUCUCCCUCAGCGUGUGGCAAGUGUGAAACUUAAAUAAAAACCAUAAUUGAUGAAUUAAAAAAAUUACUUUUCGAGGAAUAAGGCUCGCCAACCUGGAAGGAGGCUUUUUUUUGGUAUGGGAGGCUUCACCUCCACCACAAAUUCGAGCGAGAACCCAACCUCACAUAAUGAUCAACGUGCUGCUGUCAACGUAAUGGAAACGGACCCAAAAAUCUGCUGGAACCACUGCUGUUGCUGAGCCCAGGAAGACCACAGGGCAAAUACCACGAACAAAUUGACAGAAAAAAAAAAGAGAAGAAAAAAGAAAAAUAAAAAAAAGAAAUGAAGUCUGUCAUUCUAUAUCCAUAUGGACCGCUAACUGGCGGCACACGCUGCUGUCGCAUGUUGCAUGCCAAAAAUUUGGCCAUAACAAGUGCAAUUUACACAAUUAAUAUAUCACUGCUGAUUGUGCUGAUCUACUCUUGGCGCAUCAAUGUCAAUAUGCACAAGUCUGCCGACCUGCAGGAUGUCUACUAUGGUGUACAAAUAGCAUAUUUUGCCAUAAUUGGCACACAAAUGUCCAUGAUAUUGCUGAGCAUUGUAUUGAUAUUUGGGAUAUGUCGGGAGAAUCCCGGAUUAAUUGUACCCUGGAUAAUUGGCUAUAUAACGUUCAUGGCCCUGGAAGCUGUGGCCAUGGUCUACUCAAAUGUUCUACGCGAUCAUGUUAAUAAGCAAUUUGAUGCCAUGUGCAAGGCGGAGGUGGCCUUCUUUAUAGCUCGAGCUCUGAUCAACGUGCUAGCCAUGUGGGGUGUACUCCGUUUCUAUAAUUUGGUGCGCUCUGGAAUUACCUGGCGAGGACCAGAGGCCAAGACCGCCAUAUUUGCGCCCAUGUACAAGAGCGUAAGCACACGCAGCGGCAAGUCCCAUCACCGAAAGCGCCACUUAAAGCGGCGCCACAGCGUGGAGGCCAGCAGCGGCGGAUGCUGCGCCAUCUUUGACUUUGACUUUGACUACGAUGACGACGACGACAAUGAUGAUGACGAUGAGGCUGCCUAUGACGAUGGCAUGGAGACGGAGGAUGAUGUGGGCUAUGACUACGACGACUAUUAUGACUACUACGAGGAUGAGGAGCAGCAGCAGCAGUUGGAGCUGGAGCCACAGGAUGAUGAUGCAGCAGACUGCAGCAUGCUGGGUGCCCCACGGAAGACGCGUUCGCGCUCUCGACCCCGCUCACGGCCACGUACGGCUGUGGUCAAGGUCAAGGGCCAGCGCAGCGGCGGGGGCAGUGGUCGGCGCACCAACAACAACAUACGCAGCGUGCUUAUCAACAAGCGGCACAACAAGUACAAAAUCGCCCGUCCGCAAACGCAGCUGGAGGUCAUCAACGAGUCGGAGCGGAGUGCGGGCAGCGGCAGCGAUGAAAACGACUCUCUGCUCGUGGCCUAUGACAGCAGCUCGUCGCUGGCGUCGGUUUGACAUUGGCCGCCGCCAAGCGAAAACGGACACGAACACGGACCAGGAACUGGAACUGCAGCCGAUGGGCGCCGGAAUAACCUCAGCAGUGAUUCCGAACCCAGCAGCAGCGGCGGCAGCGGGAGCGACGACGACGACGACGACGGCGAUCCUGACUCGCGCGAGCAUUUGGAAUGUGAGUGGACGCAGGGCGCCCGCCGCUCUGGUAAAUGUGGUGGUCAGCGUCAGCGCCGACGUUCACUGCGACGCGUCUACUGCGCUGUGAAUCUCACCAUAAUGGGUCUCCUAGUGGCAGUGGAGAUCUAUGCCCAGCUGGCGAUAUUCCUGUAGAUCA